AGGACAUACGGCCUACAACGGCUAGACAUGGACUAAAACAGAAACUUGACAGGUGAUUUGAAAAGAAAAAAAAAAAAAGAAAUGGAACGAGGACGAACGUGACUGGCAGCAGUAGAUUAUUUUCAAUGCCUUCCUAAAAGACGAAAAGGAACGAACCGAUCGUUCAAUGACCGAGAACUAUGUAUGCUUAACAAAAGGAUAACGUUUAACAUUAAUAUAUGAAGCUUUGUUAACCGACUUCAAAAAAGGAGGAUGCUCUCAAUUCGACUGUAUGUUUUUUUAUGUUUGUUACCUAUAACUUUUGACUGGAUGAAUCGAUUUUGAUGAUUCUUAUCUUAUUCGAAAGCUGACGCUUCCCGUGUGGUCCCAUUUCAAAAUUCUGAUAAUGGUAUCCAUGAGAAAACCAUAUAAGUCUUAAAUUUGAAUUAAGUAUGUGCGCGACAAAUAGAUGAAUAACUUAGUAACUCAAUAUGACACCAACCGAUUUCGAUAAUUAUUGUUUUUAGUGGUAUAUUAAUUUGUUUUGGAAUAUCUUUUUUCUUCUAUUUUUAAAGCAGCUUUUGUUAAAGCAUGUCUGUUCAUAAUUAUUAUUUAAUUAUUUCUUUGUUGCCCGGGAAACCUUACGACCUGCAUAAACAUUCGAAUAACUAUGCCGAUGACAUCGACCGAUAAAUCGUGUAGGCAACGUUCUCUUUGUCUACUAUUGACGUUUUAUUUAAAAACGUCAAAUUUUAUAUCAAAUAUGAAUAAAGAAUAAAAAAAUAAACAAAUACAUUUUUGUAUUAUGCAAUGGAAAAGAAACUGUGUGAACCGUGUAAAGAGCCGAUUGUUGAUAAGCUGCCGCCGUGCCCUCUGAUGUGCAAAUCACCGAAAUGCAAAGCGUACAUGGCACCCAUAGAUACAUCGAAAAAGUCAAUCGUGUGGGUCCUGGGAGGUCCCGGAUCAGGAAAGGGAACACAAUGCGACAAGAUCGUCGCCAAAUACGGGUUCACUCACCUCUCGACUGGAGACCUGCUCAGGGCUGAAGUCAAAAGCGGCUCGGAGAGGGCGAAAUGCCUUACCGCUAUUAUGGAAAGAGGCGAGCUUGUCCCUAAUGAAAUCGUCCUGGAUCUGCUAAAAGAAGCGAUCCUGGCCCGCGCUGAAGAAUCCAAAGGCUUCCUCAUCGACGGCUACCCUCGCGAGAAGUCACAGGGUAUCGCUUUUGAAGAGAACAUCGCUCCUGUUUCGGUAAUAAUAUACUUCGAGGCCUCCUCGGAGACGCUGACGCAGCGCCUGCUGGGCCGCGCCGCCAGCUCCGGCCGUGCCGAUGACAACGAGGAGACCAUCAAGCUCAGGCUGAAGACCUUCCUGGACAACAACGACCUCGUACUGGCUCAAUACCCGGACAAACUCAGGAGGGUCAGUUCACAUUCUACUUUAUUCGGACGACUUUCUAACUUCCAACUGGCUGUGUGUAGCCUAGCACCUCCCAGCUCUUCCCGUGGAUAUCAUAAGGCAACUAAGUGAUUGACAGAAGAUUGGGCAGCAGCGUACUGCAAUAGGUAACAGGUACUGGUAGGAAACUAACAGAACAUAGGUUUUGUUCAUUAUCAAAGACUGAUCCAAAGCAGUAAUGAGCUGCUCUUUAAAGGCCUGAGAUAACCUAUAUAAAGAUGCAACCUAAAUUCUUACGAUAGACGGUAGCGUUGUGCUGCCCGUGGGCUCCACUUCUAAGCGCAAGGUCUACCGUCACCCCGCGCGCGAUCAUUUAAUUGCAUUACAUUACCUGUUUUUAUUUUCUUGUUACAUACUUCUUGAGUAAUAAAGCGUCGUGUAAUAAAUAUCAAACCCGCAAAAUUAAAUUAUAUUAAUUCGCGUAAUGACUGGUGGUAGGACCUCAUGCGAGACCGCACGGGUAGGUACCACCACCCCGCCUAUUUCUGCCGUGAAGCAGUAAUGGGUUUCGGUUUGAAGGUCGGGGCAGCCGUUGUACUGUUAAAAGUGAGAUUUUAUAACUCAUAUCUCAAGGUGGGUGGCGGCAUUUAGCUUUUAGAUGUUUAUGUGCUCCGGUAACCACUUAACACCAGGUGCACCGUGAGCUCGUCCACCCAUCUAAAGCAAUAGGAAGGCACGGAAGCCAAGCAUGAUGCAGUUGUUCCUACAAUCGUCGUCUACUAUAAUACAACUGUUUCCCGACAGAUAAACGCGGAACGUCCUGUGGAUGAGAUCUUCGCGGAGGUACAGUCGAUCCUGGACCCGCUGGUCGCGUGAGCCGCGCCCGCGAGCCCUGCUUGAACCACUCAACGAAAUGUACAAAAACUUAAUUAUAUAAUAAUAAACUGUUGAUUUUAUUUUUUAAAUAAA